CUGAAGCUGGACCUGAACCUGGACCUGAACCUGAACCCGAAGCUGUACCUGAACCUGAAGCUGGAGUAGGAGAAAAUAUGGCGACACUGAAAAAGAUCCUCUUCAGUACUUUAGAACAUUUGGGGAAAGAGGACUUUGGAAAAUUCAAGUGGCACCUGCAGCAGAAGGUCCUAGGAUUCAAAGGAAUCCCGGAGAGUCGACUAGAGGAUGCAUUGCGGACGCAAACUGUGGACCAUAUGUUUCUGAACUACUGCAUUAAGACUAUUGAAGUGACCAAAUACGUUUUGAAGAAGAUUCAUCGGAAUGAUCUGGUGGAGGAAUUAUCAAAAAUCCCAUCAGAACCGACAGAGAUUCUUACUCAGUGCCAAAGGACGCUCAAAUUAAACCUGGAGAAAAGAAUUGAGAAAAUCAUAAAAACGGGUAAUUCAAGACCUCUAAAUGAAAUCUACACAGAGAUCCACAUCACCAAGGGAGAAACUACAGCUGAUGAGCAUGAGGUCAGACAGAUUGAAACAGCAUCCAGGAAACCAGACAGACCAGAAACAACCAUCAGACAAGAAGAACUCUUUAAAGCCUCACCUGGAAGAGAUGCACCAAUCAGAGUGAUGACAAAGGGAGUGGCUGGCAUCGGGAAAACAGUCUUAACACAGAAGUUCACUCUGGACUGGGCUGAAGGCAAAGCCAACCAGGACAUCCAGUUCAUAUUUCCAUUACCUUUCAGAGAUCUGAAUAGGCUGAAGAAAAAUUACAGCUUGGUGGAACUUGUUCAUCACUUCUUCACUGAAACCAGAGACGCAGGAAUCUGCAGGUUUGAUCAGUUCACGGUUGUGUUCAUCUUUGACGGUCUGGAUGAGUGUCGACUUCCUCUGGACUUCCUCAACAAUGAGAUCCUGACUGAUGUCACAGAGUCCACCUCAGUGGACGUGCUGCUGACAAACCUCAUCAGGGGGGAGCUGCUUCCCUCUGCUCGCCUCUGGAUAACCACACGACCUGCAGCAGCCAAUCAGAUCCCUCCUGAGUGUGUGGACAUGGUGACAGAGGUCCGAGGGUUCACUGACCCACAGAAGGAGGAGUACUUCAGGAAGAGAUUCGGAGAUCAGGAGCAGGCAGACACCAUCAUCUCCCACAUCAAGACCUCACGAAGCCUCCACAUCAUGUGCCACAUCCCAGUCUUCUGCUGGAUCUCUGCUUCAGUUCUGGAGGACAUGUUGAAAACCAGAGAGGGAGGAGAGCUGCCCAAGACCCUGACUGAGAUGUACAUCCACUUCCUGGUGGUUCAGUCCAAAGUGAGGAACGUCAAGUAUCAUGGAAAAACUGAGGGACAUCCACACUGGAGUCCAGAGAGCAGGAAGAUGACGGAGGCUCUGGGAAAACUGGCUUUUGAGCAGCUGCAGAAAGGCAACCUGAUCUUCUAUGAUCACGACCUGACAGAGUGUGGCAUCGAUAUCACAGAAGCCUCAGUGUACUCAGGAGUGUUCACACAGGUCUUUAGAGAGGAGAGAGGACUGUACAAGGACACAGUGUUCUGCUUCGUCCAUCUGAGCGUUCAGGAGUUUCUGGCUGCUCUUCAUGUCCAUCUGACCUUCAUCAACUCUGGAGUCAACCUGCUGGCAGAAGAACCAACAACCUCCCAGCAGUCUGAAGUGUUCAGACCCAAACCUACACGAAUAACCUCCUGGCUGCUUAAAAUCCUCAAACCUAAACGUACACUAACCUCCCAGCAUUCUGAAGUCAAACCUACACUAACACAUCUCUACCAGAGUGCUGUGGACAAGGCGUUACAGAGUCCAAACGGACACCUGGACUUGUUCCUUCGCUUCCUCCUGGGUCUUUCACUGCAGACCAAUCAGAAACUCCUACAUGGCCUGCUGACAGAAACAGGAAGUAGCUCAGAGAUCAAUCAGAAAACAGUUGAGUACAUCAAGAAGAAGAUAAAUGAAGACCCGUCUCCGGAGAGAAGCAUCAACCUGUUCCACUGUCUGAAUGAACUGAAUGAUAGUUCUCUAGAGGAGCAGAUCCAACAGUACCUGAGAUCAGGAAGUCUCUCCACAGAUAAUCUGUCUCCUGCUGAGUGGUCAGCUCUGGUCUUCAUCUUACUGUCAUCAGGAAAAGAUCUGGACGUCUUUGACCUGAAGAAAUACUCUGCUUCAGAGGAGGCUCUUCAGAGGCUGCUGCCAGUGGUCAAAGCCUCCAGGAAAGCUCUGCUGAGUGGCUGUAAGCUGUCAGAGAGAAGCUGUGAAGCUCUGUCCUCAGUCCUCAGCUCCCAGUCCUCUAGUCUGAGAGAGCUGGACCUGAGUAACAACGAGCUGCAGGAUUCAGGAGUGAAGCGGCUGUCUGCUGGACUGGAGAGUCCUCACUGUGAACUGGAGACUCUCAGUCUCUCAGGCUGUAUGGUCACAGAGGAAGGCUGUGUUUCUCUGGCUUCAGCUCUGAGCUCCAACCCCUCCCAUCUGAGAGAGCUGGACCUGAGCUACAAUCAUCCAGGAGACUCAGGAGAGAAGCUGCUGUCUGCUGGACGUGAGGAUCCACUCUGGAGACUGGAGACACUCAGGCUGGACCAUGGUGGAGAGCAGAGGUUAAAAACCAGGUGUGAGGAAGUCUGGAGUCUUUCAGCACUCAACUGGAUUCCUGUGGCUCACCCUGGACUCAACCAGCACCGGGAGAGAUUCCUCAAACUGUCUGAGGACAACAGGAAGCUCCAUCAGAGCCGCUGCUACGGCUGCCAGGAAACGUUCAGCUGCAGACAGGAAGUCCUCCGACACCUGAAGGAGGCGGGACAUGUGAUGCAGCUUCCUCACAAGUCCACCUGGAACCAGCCUCAGUAUUACUUCCCCACGUAUGAGAACGACGCCCUCCUCUGCACGCUGUCUGACGGCGAUGAAGACGAGCGUAACGUCAGCGAAGAUGUCCCGGUGAUCUCAGAGGACGUUUCCAACCUUCGAGCUUUGAAACAGAACUCCGUCCUCAAAUCGAUGCUGAAGAGCCGAGGGUCCUGCAGGUAG